AUGGCUUCCUCUUCUGAUGAGAAGUUUAUGUCAGAUUUUGGUCAUUUGCCUCUCUCUGUAGCAAUGGUGGAUAAUGGUGAUUUAUCUCUUUCUCCGACAAACCCUUUGCAAACCUCUUAUUCCACCACUCCUGUAUCUGCAUCUCUUCACGAGCUGGUAAAAGAUAUCAGCACUUUGGCGGCGAGGCUUUGCUGGGUUAAAUGGUCCGACCAUGAGCAAAACCCAAUCGAUGAUUUGGUUGAUCCAUUGGGUUAUGUGACUAUAGCCAUAACCCUUUUCGAAUCAGAAGAAAUGACAAUCAACAAGGAUUUCCGGGAGCCAUUAUUUGGAGAAUUCAAGGCUUUGCUAAGCUGCAGCAAGAAUGUGAUAGCACUGGUGGAAAGUAUUGAAGAAGGACAGACUCCCAACGUGCGAAAGAAUGAUGAGAUAAAACAAUUUUGGGAGAAACUGGAAGUCGUGUGUGCGUCAUACAUGGCGCUCGGUUUGGGGGCACAAUGGUUGAAAGCUUUUGGACCUGGGAAUAAGACUAGUAGAGAAGCUUAUCUAUUGCACUCAAAAAUGUGUGAUUUGAGUUGUUUACCAGACUUAGUCGGUGAGUUGGAAGAGACAUACGAACGUCUUGAUCCGAUUGGUUAUCAACGAUAUCUUGCUUUGAUUGAUGUCCCAGGAAAGGAGCAUGAAACACCAGCGAAAGAAUGCGAUGAGAAAUUCGUCGGCAGGACAGGAGUGACUAAAAAUAGACCUAUCGCUCUUCAUCUUCAUUCCAAAGUACCACCUCGAUAUACACCUCCCCUUGCCUCCGCAAAAACUGCAGUAAAUGAUACAACUUCAACCAACCCGGAAAAGAAUACGGGAAACAAAAUCCAUUACGAGACAAUGACUCUCUAUCAUGUACCUGCCCAUAUAAAGCAAGAUUGGUGGAUGUUGCCUGGGUGCGACCUUAAGGUAUGGCCAGCCGGACGAAAAUACAUUAUGGAGGAAUGGUCAUUGUCGGCUGGUACAUUACAUAAUGCCGAGAUUCCGAGAAUCAGACAGAGAUUUCAAGAUGCAGCAAGGAGAAAGAUGUAUGGAUGUGGCAUGAGAAUGGAAAUCAAAGCCGGUGGAGAUGUGGAGAAACAAAUGCGAGAGGAUUACUUGAGGGAUAUUGUCGAUAGGCUAGGAGAGAAAGCAGACAAAACACUUUUGCAUCUUUGUGGAGGGGGUCAUGAUGUUUUCUACAGUGAUGAUAUCGUACGAAGAUAUACAGUCGAAGCGAUUGAGACGAGAGAGCUAAGCGGGAUUUUCGGUGGACCGAGAAUUAUGGGUUUAGAGGAGAGUUUGAAGAUGAAGAAGGACAUAGAAUUUGGUAGGAGGAAGUGGUGGAAAAAGGUGAGAGAUUUCAAAGGGAAGGAAUGGUGGAGAGAGGGAAAGAAGGCUGAGUGGUGGUUGGAGGCUGAGAAGGUUGAAUGGAUUGUUGUGCUUAAGGUUGAGGACAUUGAUAGUUCGAAGAGGUUCAUGCCAAGGGGGCAGAAUGACUUCAAAGAGGGGACAACGAGUAUUAGCCAGGAGGUACGAAGCAGCCUGGGACAAGGAGAGGAGAACAGCAGUCAAGAGAACAAAGUUGCGAUUGUGGGAAGCGUGAAUGAAAAGAAAGAUAUGAAGAAAGAAGAGACAAUGGGAAUCGAGGAAGCAGAAAGGAGAAUGAGAAUUUUGGUGAGAAGGUUGUAUGUUGAGGGAAAUGGUGAUGAGAGGAUAGAGGGUUAG